GUGGAAAUAGACAAGAACAGCUGCGACAGGAAUGAAGAAAGUAGUGUACUUAAAGGAUUAGUAUCCACUCCAGAGGUCUGCUUUCACUCACUAAUAAGCGAACAGAGGAAUCGAUGUAGAGACAGGCUGAAAAGUGGGCAUCUUGCCUUCCUUAUCUCCUUUGAUUCAACAUUUGAAGUCUUGAGAGACGUUUUCUGAAGCCUGGACACAUGCAAUGUUUCUAGAUGGAGCGGCAUUUGAAGCAGAAAUGGACAGUUUGAAUAAGAAUCUGGGGAAGGUUUCAGUAGGAGUGCCUCCUAAACCUUCUUUUUUCACAUUUGUGCCAGAGGUGCACAAAUUACCGUUUAAAAGCAUUAUUUUUGAGGAGGAGAGAUGUGGAACUCUUACAGGAAAACCAAAUAAGAACGUAGCUGCGUCCCAUGAGAAAACAACCGGGGAGACCAUGUCGGACGGAGAGAUUUUCAAAGCAGAGAUGGUCUUUAUCAAAGACUCUGUGGAGGGAGGAGCAGGAAACAUAAUUCAGCCAGACACAGAACUUCAAUUGAAACCUUCACCGGAUCACGUGAGCUUCUCGCACACUGAAGUCUCUCCUUCAGUCAGCGCUCAGUCUGAAAAUACACUCAAUCACGUAGCUUCCAGGAAGGCCUCUAUGGAAACAGCUGUUGAUAAACACAGGGGCAUUUCCCAGCGGCAGUGUCACGAUACCUCUGGACGUGCUGAGGUUAGCUCGGGUUGCUUUGCAAAUAGAGCGUCUGGGUCAGAAGACAGAACGAGCUCUACAAGCUCCCCAGACAUGUUCCCCACCCUGGCUUCAUCCAGAGAGUCCAUCCUCUCAGAGGGCUCAGACAAAGACAAGAGUUGGUCUGCCAUGCAGCUUUCCUCUGUGACCUCUCCUGUCUCUUUCAGCCGCACCGUCUCCCCUUGCUCAUCUGUCCGCUCUGGCAUGUUCACCCCCUCUGUCACUCAGGUUAAGAAGCACUUUCUCGCUCCUGGAUCUAGUCUGGUUCACAUCCCUCAAACCUGUUUCUCAUCUUGCGAGAGCCUGUCCUCCUCUGUCGGUCUCCAGUCACCUCCUCCCCGGCACCGGCCCCCUCUGACCCGACUCUCCCUCCUCACUGCCAUCUUGAGAAAAGGCCGCCUUCCUGUUCUGUCCUCUGCUCUGCAGAGGCCUUACACCCCCUGCUGGCCUGUUAACCCUGUGACCCUGUCCUUCUGUAAUGCCUGCUCAGCAGCUUCCAGUGUGGCCUCCAUUCCCCUGGAGUUUUCCUCUCAAUUCUCCUCAUCGGUGUCUAUAGAUAGUCAGAGCCACAUUCACAGGGAGCCUAACAGAUGUGUCACUGCUCCUCCACCUGUGCAGUCAAACGAGCUCAGCAGAACAUGCCAUCAAACUCAAGUGAAAAGAUGCCCGGAGCAAAUUCACUCAAGCAGUGUGCCUAGAUGGGAGCAAAUUCUUUCACACCCACCAGCGAAGAGCAGCACACUUCCCCGAGCUCCGCUGCCUCUGUUUUGCUCAAACUUCAAAUCUGUUUCUCCAGAAAAGCAUGAAGAAAUAUUGCACUGUGCACCUUCCAAAAAACUGCAACACACACACAUCUCCAUUUCUAAGUCGCCUGAGCUGAAACCCAGCAACACUCACAUGUACCCCAAGGGCCAUGCAGAUAAUAACCUUAAAAAUCUCAUCUCCCUUCCCUGUAAAUUUACUAAUGAGCAAGCAAACUCUGCGCCCCAGAAAUGGAGCCACCCUCCAAAUUCAUCUCUCUCAAGACUUCAUUUGCUUUCUCAGAAACUGAGAUCUCCGCCUGUCUGCCCUCCUCAGCUUCAGCCUUCUCAGUCACGCUCACCCACUGCCGCAAUUUCCACUGCACACACAGACGCAGCAUCACCUCUGCCUCCUUCACAAAACACCACAGGAAGGUGUGAGUCAGAGAGGAGCUGCCCUGCUUCCAAAACUGUCACACCAUCACAGGGUUUUCGUAAAGCCCACUGCCUGUCCCCUUCCCGCUACACAUCCAUCAGUUUUCCUGGAUGGCCGUCGCCCACCAGCUCCCCCACGCCUACGCCCUCUCCUGCUCCACCAGUCAGAGACCUUACCCCGUCCCCUUCUCUCUCCCUGCGUUCCACCACGCCUUCCCCAAGGCCGGGGAGUGGAAUAACAGACUGCAGUGACAGGGAGGGUAAAAAAAGAAAGACACACAAGAUUAAGUUAAGCUACAAAUCGCUUGCUGCAAUUCCCACAAACACCCUUCUGUUGGAUCAGCAGGCAAUUGACGAGCAGGUGGAGAGAGAAGACAGUCCCUGUGACACACUGGACAGAGCUGUUACAUCGGACAGAGGCGUUGCAGACACCCAUGCCGAGAUGUGCUCACCAGCUGAGCUGCGGCAGCAGUCAGAGGAACUUUACGCAGUUAUUGAUGAGAUAUUGGCAAAUUCCAUUCCACCAUCCUCCAAGUCAUCGACUACCAACAUUGGUCUGCAGCGGAACAACUCACCUUUUCCAAAAUCCUUGGGGCGUGAAACCAAAUAUGCAUCUUUAUCCAGCUUGCACUCAUUUGUCAGUGUGGAAAGAAAGCCGAUGGAUCCCAGAAAGACAAAGCCCGGGGUUAUUCGCCCGAUGACAGCCAUUCCAAGACUAACAGUGGAGGAUGAGGAAGAAUUUCAUCCAAACCCCUUCAGGCAGCCUGUCAUCAAGCAGACCUUAACUGACAACAGAAAGGUGGAAAAUAUGAGUCAUGCUGAGGCAGGGAAAGACUUUCACACAAGUUCAAAAGGCAUAACGACGAGAGUUGAGAGGAAGCCUGAAAGAAGAAGUCCAUUCUCAUUAUGUGACCUGCAGAUUACAGAGCCUGAAGACCAGAUCAGUCCCCCUGCGAAAGACACCUUAGCAUCUUUCAGUCCUACUGAGGGGCGGAUGGAAGCUUUUGAGACUCAUAUUUAAAGUAUUAACACAAAAGCAUUAACUCUUAAUCCUAAUUUUAAAAAAAAUAGUGAACAAUAAUCUACUAAGACAUUCAGUAUUUAAGACCAUCACACAAUGAAUGUUAAUUGCAUCUUAAGAGUUCAUCACCAGAUGUACAGGUGCCUUACAAGGAUGAUGAAAAUACACGCAACUGACCAUUUGCUAAUUCCCAAACCUCUGAGUCUGUCAAGCUUUACAUUCUCCCUCACAUGCAGUUUACUGUGAUAAGCGGUGGCAGUUUACUGCUUGAACGUCUUUGUAAUUUUUGAAACAAUGUGUCCUUAAUUUCAGACAGAGGAAGACAAAAGCCUUUCUAGCUGGCAACCAUUAAUUUUCCUGUCUCAAAUGACAGCUGUUCUUAGUAUAUUUUAUCAGUUCCAGCUAGCACAUUAAGCUAAUGUUUGCUGUGUCAGUUGGCUGAAAACACUGUUUGCAAAUGUUUUUUAAUGUUUCCUGCUGACUUCUUUUAAAAAGAGGAAGGUGUAAGAUGGUUUCAAACAUGCACUUGGUGGCUACAUACAUGGCGCUAAAAGACUGAGUUGAAGGCCUAGGUUAUGCUAAGAAAGAACUAAUUGGUACGUCCCAUUGUUCAACCUCAUCAGAAGGCAGAAGUGCUGGCAUCUGUUUCGAACAGCUAAACUUAAAUGUGGGGUGGAAAAAGCCAUCCAUCAUAGACAGAGACACAGUAUCCAUUAAAUAUGGUGAUAACAGCACACAUUUUCCAAUAAGCUCCACUGCAUUCACACACAAAAAGUGACAGAAAUAGCUGUGCUGAGGGUGUGAAUUUUGCAUUGUUGGUUUUGGUUAUAGAAACUGUCAGAGACAUCCCUUGACAAAACAUAUAUGUGUAGGUAACCGUCUGAGAUGCAGUUCUGACGGAGUUUACUGGCACCUUAAAGCUGCUCGCCCCAGGCAAAAAGUGCUACAUGAUGACUCAUGUGGCACUGAAGAAAGCAGCAUUGUUCUUGUGUUGCAGAACUAAACUAGUUAAACCUAGUCCAGUAAGUAUGAUUUGGAAAAAUGUAAGAUCAGACUGUUAUUUCUUACAUACUUGGACAAGCAAAACAGACUAACGUUAACAUGAAACAGAACCUUUUUAUUUUUUAAUGUAAUCAGUAUUGUGUUCCUAUAGAUGCAGAGUAUUGCUCCUACUUCAGAACCAAGUGCACUACUUCAACAUAAAUUCGAAGCUCAACAGACCUGUUGUGUAGUUAGAAGGUUUUUAAGUUAUGAUAGGACAGUUGUUGUUUGGGGUACGAGUUUAGCAAGCAGUCAAUCAGUGCAAAACGCUCAAUAGCAAAAAGAGAUACUUCAACUUUGAUAUGACCCUGAUUAUAUUUUUCUAAGGAAAAAAGCUAUUUUGAAUGAUUAAAGAAACAUUUAAAAGCUUACUGUAUGGACCUUUAUGUGUUCAAUUCACAAACAACAUUGUAAGAGUAAUAGUAGUAUAGUGUAAAAGUCGUGCAUUCAGCGCUACUCUAAAGAAAAUGCUAUUUUAAUAUUAUGAAAUGAUCAUAGGAAAAUCUGUAAUAUUUAAUAAAGGACUCCCUAUCCUGCCCAUUGCUCUGAGUUUUACUAUAUAACCUUAAGCUGCUAUAAGUAGAUUUCCAUGUAAGUGAAGAAAAUUACAUUUGAUUUGAGCUCUAGGAUGUUUCUAAACCUGAUUACAAAUCCUCAAAGAAAACCCUACUCAGAUUGGCUCUUGGAGAAACGGGUGUUAAAGCGGUGCAGGUGAUUGCUGCACUCACAACGUCCACUGCCUACUGUGGACCUCACAGUGAUACAGUUGUUCACCAUUAAAUGUGCACCCAUAAUCAAAUCAAGAAUGUUGACGCAGCUGUAUAAAAAUAUCUUGACCUUCAGUUCAACAGCUUAGAGAGCUAUCAUUUUGUUGCUUAGAGAGCUAUCAUUUUGUUGAUUUAAACAUCAAAGGGAAGAAUCUUCCAUUUGAAAAAUUCUGACUUUUCAGAGAGCAACACGAGUUGGGGUCAGUCACAUUUCACUCUCUUUAUACUGUCUUGCACCCAUGUGGCCUUGGAAACACAUGAGUGCACUGAACAUCAGCUGAGUGCACAUGAACAUUUAGCUUCAAAAUACAGAGAACCACAGUAACAAUUGUGUUGACAUUUCCCUGUUUCUCUGCUGCGACUCAUAAUAUGAAAACCAAAAAAAAAGUAUGGGCUAGUGUCUGGAAAAUACAACGUACAUACAAUAAUUUAAAGUUUAUGUGUUUAAAGUGUUCAUGUAAAUAUACAUACAAAUAAAAUAUAUAUUGUAGGAAAAAACAUGCAAAGAAUGAAAAUUUCUUAGUCUUAUGUUUUCACCUCUGUUCAAGGACGACGUGUGGGCUGAGAAAAAAAAAAAUUGAAAUGUUUUCAGAUACUGCUGAAUGAACUCAAAGUUGUACAAUGAUACAAUACACCAACUACUUCUUUUGGACUUGAAAUGUCAAGAAAGUUUUUAAUUACUUGCUCUAACGUUUAAAUCUGUUGCACAUAAACACAAAUAUAUUUUACUUGCACCAUAAGAUACUCAUACCUUCAUAAACCUUCUACACUUACAUAUUAAGGCACAAAAUACUAAUGUAAGUAUGUAGGUUAACAUAAAUGCAGGCAUGCUGUAUGUUGUUGAGAGUGUAUCAGAUGUUGAUUCAAUAUAUUCUACAGUCCUACGCGGACCACAAUGCAUUGCAAAAGGUGUUAAUCACGCACAUAUAUACAAAGUAAUUUAUAUAAAACGACAUGUAAGCAUCAGUGCAUUCCUCUUAAUUAGCCACUCCAGGAAUCACAAGACAUCUUUGUUGUGAAAAGUGUGGAGCAAACAUCAGAGAGGAGGCUGAUCGUUUCCAUUUACAAGGUCAUGUAUUUAUCGGCGUAGUUUGUCACACGUGUAUUAAUACCUCCUGAAAGCCUGAUCAGAUCUGUGGUUUGUCACAGGAACACUUCUGGUUUGUAAAUGUAAUAGAUGAGAUAAAAUGUCUUCAUGUUUGAGACUUACAGCAGUUUGAAAUGCUUUGCCAGCACUGACUGAUUUAUUCUGGCUGUAAGUUUUGUUAUUUGACUUUAUAAUCCCACACUUAAUUUUAUGUGUCAAGGCAUUUUCAACUGAUUGACAAGCUCCUGACACUUAAGCAGAAGACUGUGCACAUGAAACAAGGACACAUUCAUAUAGUUGCCCUGGGAAACUGACUUACACUGACUGAUGCGUUCACAUUAGGAGACAACUCUCAAUCAAUGCAGCGAUGCCGCCCAUCAUCAGUUAUUACAUAACCACCAUUUGUUGUCAAAUCAAGUUUGAGGUGCUUUU